AGUAUUACAAUUUCAUGGCAAAAACAUAUCUUGGACCCUAAAGAAUCCACCAGGAGAAGAUUAAAAGGAUAGUGAGAACCACAAAAAGGUAUUGCCUUUGCAUUUUCCUAAGAUUUAUUUCUUAAAAGUUGUUAACCAUGGCGAGUGACAGUACUUCACUUCACAUCGUGAUGCUCCCAUGGUUAGCCUUCGGACACAUUAUUCCAUACUUGGAGCUAGCUAAGCUCUUAGCUGAGAGAGGCAACAAGAUUUCGUUUGUGUCCACUCCCAGAAACAUCCAGCGCCUCCCCAAAUUGCACCCAAACCUCGUACCAAACAUCGAUCUCAUCGGAUUACCUUUGCCGCAAGUCGAAAAUCUCCCACAAGAUGCAGAGUCCACCUUGGACUUACCUUAUGACAAAGUCAGGUACCUCAAAAUUGCCUUCGAUGAGCUCCAAUACUCCAUGGAUGCUCUUCUGCAAACACUUUCCCCAGAUUGGGUAAUUCACGAUUUCGCUUCGUUUCGGUUAGUUCCUAUCAUGGAAAAUCUGAGCAUCCCCAACGUCCAUUUCAGCAUAGUUACAGCGUCUAUUCUCGUAUCCCUAGUGGGCCCUCCGUCGGCAAUUAUCGACGGUCUAGAUUAUCGAGUGGAGGCAAAGCAUAUGACGUCCAAACCCAAGUGGGUCCCGUUUGAGACCACGAUCGUGCCUCGUUAUUUCGAGAUUAUGCGCCUGUUCAACGACGCUUACAUCGACGGCGGCAACGUCUCCGACGUUUAUCGCUUAGCUGUUACCGUGAAAGGCGCGAGUGCUGUUUUUGUUAGGAGCUGUUACGAACUCGAGCCGGAGUGGCUGCAAUUAGUAGAAGAUUUGUUCGGAAAACCCACCAUCCCGGUUGGGUUGCUGCCCACCACAGGUUAUGCUGAUGAAGAAGACGAUGACCAGAAGAAAGCAGCUUGGCUUGAAAUCAAGGAAUGGCUAGACAAGCAAGAAAAAGGUUCAGUAGUGUACGUAGCUUUUGGGAGCGAAACAAAGCCGAAUCAGGAAGAAGUGGUAGAGAUAGCUCUGGGGUUAGAGCUUUCGAAGCUACCAUUCUUCUGGGUUUACAGGAAACAACGAGGCUGGGCGGAUGAGGAAGUGACGAAACUUCCAGAAGGGUUUGAAGAGAGGACGAGAGGGCGCGGGGUGAUAUGUACAAGCUGGGCACCUCAGCUGAAGAUACUGAGUCAUGACUCGGUGGGAGGGUUCUUGACUCACUCGGGAUGGAGCUCCGUGGUGGAGGCCCUCAAAUUUGAGAAAAAACUCAUUCUGCUCCCUUUCUUAGCGGACCAAGGGAUGAUUGCAAGGCUAUUAGUGGAGAAGGAAAUGGGGUAUGAAAUAGCGAGGGAUGAGAAUGAUGGAUCGUUUUCCAGAGACUCGGUGGCCGAGUCACUGAGAGUGGUAAUGGUGGAGGGGCAAGGAAAGAUAUUCGCAGAAAAGCUGAAGAAGAUGAAGGGGAAGUUGUUUGAGAAGGAGAAACAAGAUAAUUACGUUAACAAGUUGUUGGAUUAUCUUCAUGAUCCGACAAUGCAUCAGCCAAGUGGUGCCCACAAAAAUUAAGGCCAGUACAGUGUUCAAUGUUCUGGUCUAUAAUAAAUAAAUAAUAAAUGUAGUUUGAAUUAAAUUAGCUGCUGAAACUAAACAGACUCUGAGCUUCAGAAGUGCCAUGCAUGCAUUAUAUUUUUGACAAAAUAAAACCGUCGUUCUGUGCUUUUUUGUUUA